UGUCAUGUUAUUCAUUUCGCCGAUCUUAUCAAUCUCGCUGCACCUUAUCACACGUUUGAUUUUUUUAUCGCGCGGACAGUGAUUCCGCAUCCUUCCGCAUUUCGAUUGUAAUCGGACAAAAAUUUUCAUCUCUUUGUCAUAGUCAUCGUCGCUGUUGUUGCGACAAACAAAGAGGGGACAGGGUUAAGGGACUAUAAAACGGGUUGAUUCGACGUGCGACUUCACCGAGGGACUCCCCGGCUGCCGUUCGAUUUUUCGUUUAAAAGCGGACGCGGUUACACGAUGCCUGUCCAGUUUCACUUUUAACGCGCUGUAACGUUUUGGCGCUGUAACGGUGUCAAUCAUGAGGUCAUCUUCUUAUCAUAUCGGAUUACUCGCGCUGUGUAUCUUGGCACUCGUGCAUACAGUACUCGCCAUUCCCAUUGACAGCAUGAAUUUCAUCAAUGCAACCGAGUGCCCGAGGAUCGUCAGCCGAAGCGAAUGGGAGGCCAGGAAACCCAUGAAUUUUCAGAUUCUGUCAGUGACACCGACGCCGUAUGUGGUGGUCCAUCAUGGUGGUAUACGUAAGUACUGUCGGGACCAGGAGUCGUGCUCUGAGAUCGUUAGAUCUUACCAGAACUUGCACAUGGACGAUCGGGGCUGGUCGGAUAUCGGCUAUAAUUUCCUUAUCGGCGAAGACGGCAACGCUUACGAGGGUCGCGGCUGGGAUUACGUUGGCGCGCAUGCACCUGGCUACAACACCCAGAGCAUCGGCAUAUGCAUCCUAGGAGACUUCAGCGAUUUCCUCCCGAAUCCAGUCGCCCUGAAUACGUUGAACGCGCUGAUAGCUUGCGGGGUUUCACUUGGCAAGAUAAGCGAUAAUUAUAAUGUACUCGGUCAUCGACAGGCGCGGAAUACGGAGUGCCCUGGCCAAAGCUUUUACGAGUACGUAAUUACCCUUCCCCGUUGGACCGCGAAUCCGAUUCCCAUUGGGACUAUCACCACGACGGAUGCGAUGGUGCAAGAAGACGACACCGUAGAGGAGAACGACACGUCGAAUGCCACUCUAUAAUGAAAUCAUGCUGAAUCCUAAGUCAGUAUAAAAUGAAGAUUUGAUGUAACAAGAGAUUAUAAAUGCAAUACUACAAAUUGCAUCAUUCUUGUUAAAAUAAGGUAAAAAGUCUUACAGUUUAUUUUAUGUCAAUUUUCCAUAUAUUUUUCUUUUUUAUAAAAAUUAAUGUAAAAAAAUGCGACAAAGUUUUAUAUAAUUAUGUUAAUAACAUUCUGUUCUAAGUUUUUAAAAGAUAAUGUAAAGUUGAAGAAGAAUAAUCAGAUUCCGCUCUCUUAUGCUGUUUAAUGUAAUAGCAUCUCGAUAUAUUAGAUAACCAUUGCUACCUCUUAUCUUUGUUAUCAUUGUUAUCACGAAACAUUCUCGCCGGUCAUUUCGUAAAAAAACAACUUUCCCGCGAAGAAGAUUUUUUAUUUAUUACGUAAUAUAAAAGAGCUCUUUAUUUGAUAAAGUUAAAAAAAAAGAUUUAUAUAUAUUUAUAUAUACGUAUUUAUGCAUAUAUGUGUAUAUAUGUGUAGAUACAUGUGUAUGUGUAUGCGUUUACGGACGAACGUGCGCGUACAGUUUUAGACAGAUUAUAAAAAAUAUCAACAAACUUCCAGAAAUUAAGUCAAUGAUAUUUAGUGAUAUAAACAUUUUUUACACGAGACGAAUAAGAUCAAUGCCACUCUUAUCUCAUUGUCAGUUCGCGUGCAAGCCCCAUACUUUUAUAUGGUUAUACUUGUUACAAUAAUUAUUCUCUAAAAGCCUUCGGAAAUUUAAUUAAUGACAAUGGUAAUUUGAAUAUUAUAGCACUACACAUGAUUGCCUAUGAGGAAACUAAUUUCGUACAGGUUACUCCGAUAAAAUCUUUUCAUGUACGUGCGCUAUAAUAUGAACAAUGUAAAUUUUAUGGACAUUGCAACAAUUGAAUCUGUAUUACGUUGCAAUUAAAAAUAACAGGAUAGAUAUCUAUGCUUACAAAAAAAUUGCAUUAGAAUUACAUAAUAUAUGUUUAAAAAAAGCUAUUCGAUUUUGCAGUCUUUUUUAGUCACUUUAACGUAGAAAAAACUGGGCCAUUUAAACGUCCUCGAAUGAUAAAUCUAAAAAAAAAAAAAUUAAAA